CUGGAGAAGGUGCCGCCGCUGAGGAGUUGUCGAGUGUGUCGCUGCCGUCGCCCAGUAUUCCAGCGGCCGUUUCUUGCGAAGAGGAAAAUUGCGAAGAGGAAAAGAGAGGCAGUGGUCAGGUUUUCUCCAUUGGUUUGGGCCGCAGUUUUUUUUGGGUGGGCUGGAUAUUGGGCUUAUUUGGUUUGGACAUAUUUAAUUAGUGUGGUGGGCUUGAUUUUCUAACGAAAUUACCAAGAUCUGAAAUUAGUUGUACCGGGUAUCUCGUCUAGUCGUGUGAUAUGGCAGAAGAUGGGAAGUUCCGAAUUGAGAAGUUCGAUGGUACAGAUUUCAGUUGGUGGAAGAUGCAAAUUGAAGAUUUGCUGGUUCAGAAAGAUUUGGACGUGGUUUUGGGUGACAAGCCAGAAAAAAUGUCGGAUGCAGAUUGGGCAGGUUUGGAUCGGAAAGCAAUGUCUGUGAUCCGUCUCUCAUUGACCAAGAAUGUUGCGUUCAACAUUCUGAAGGAGAAGACAUCGAAGGGAAUUAUGGAUGCGCUGUCUAACAUGUACGAGAAGCCAUCUGCAGCGAACAAAGUUUUUCUGAUAAGAGAGCUGGUGAACACAAAAAUGAAAGAAGGCGCUUCAGUUACUGAGCAUAUCAACAAGUUGAAUUCGAUAUUAGCCAGACUUUUGUCAGUGGGCAUUAAGUUCGAUGAUGAAGUUCAAGCUUUACUACUGCUAUCGUCUUUACCUGAUAGUUGGUCCGGAACGGUUACUGCAGUUACCGGUUCAGUGGGACCCGAUGGAUUCACCUUUGAUCAGAUUCGAGAUCUCGUUCAGAAGAGAGUGACCGUCUAAGGGAGUGACCGUCCUAGUUCAGAAGAGAAACAAAGUCCGGUUCACAGAGUCUUGUGGGCAGAAUAAGGUUGUCUAUGCAAGAGAGAAACCUAGAGCCACAGGUCAGACUCAGGAUGAACGAGCGAGGAAAGGUUCAAGGGGGCCAGUCAGAGGUAUUUGUGGCAGUGGGAGCUCAAGAGGCGCUUCAGCCAAGUUGCCUAGAAGACAGUGGGUCAGGAGAACCAGUAUUUCAGCUGUUGGAAGAUCUCCAGAAAAUUUCUUGCUGAGUACGGAGAGUGUUUGUUCUCAGGAUGUUCUAGGAUCCGGCAAUGUGCGUCUGCAGUGGGAGCCGGUAGGGACCGAGGACGAGUUAGUGGCAGAUUUAGCCAUGACUGAUGUGUUGGAGCUUGGGAGAACUUCAACGGGCCUUUCAGUUGUCUGAUGAGAGGGCCGCUGUAACAGGAGAGCUGAGGAAGAUUACUCGAUGUACAAGCAAUCGCGGCGGAUGGCAGUUGAUGACUAUCAAGCCUCCAAGUGGAAGAAUGUUGGGUUUGUGGAGGCUUGAGCUUGAUUUGUA